UUCCAGAUAUCAUAAAAAUGGCUUCUAGUAGCAGUGGUGGAGCAGGUGGAGCAGGUGGAGCAAGUGGAGCACCAGAAGUCAAGAUUCACAACGUAUAUAUGUCAAACGUGGAGGAGGAAUUCGCGAGGAUUCGAGGAUUCGUCGAGGAUUAUCCCUACGUGGCAAUGGACACAGAAUUUCCCGGAGUUGUGGCGACACCGUUGGGCACAUUUCGAAGCAAGGAAGAUUUCAAUUAUCAGCAAGUGUUCUGUAAUGUGAAUAUGCUGAAAUUAAUACAAGUGGGCUUUGCAAUGGUCAAUGACAAAGGAGAGCUACCACCGACUGGCGAUGUUUGGCAGUUCAAUUUCAAUUUCUCCUUCGCUGAAGACAUGUUCUCGCAUGAGAGUGUCGAAAUGCUCCGGCAAGCCGGAAUAGACUUCACAUUGCUGCAGAACAAUGGAAUACCGACAGCAGUAUUCGGAGAACUUUUGACGACGUCAGGCCUCAUCACUGAUCCACGGAUCACAUGGCUCACGUUCUCUUCCGGCUACGACUUUGGAUAUUUGUUGAAAAGCAUCACACUUGGAGAUCUGCCUAAGGAAGAGUCAACGUUCUUCAUGUGCCACAAAACUCUCUUCCCAACCAGCUUCGACAUCAAAAUCCUGCUCCGAACUCCAAAUUGCGCGUCUGCAAAGCUGAAAGGAGGACUUCAAGAGGUCGCCGAUCAGCUGGACGUGAAACGACAAGGAGUUCGCCAUCAAGCUGGAUCCGACGCACUGCUGACCGCCGCCACGUUUUUCAAGAUCAAAAAGCAGUUUUUCGGAGACAACUGGAACCAGAUUGCUCCAUUGAUCUGUGGACAUAUGUUUGGUCUUGGAUCUUCGCUUUCGCUGUUCCAUAGCUCCGGAUCAACUUCUCGACUAGGCGAUGAGACACCACAAGGCCUAAUCGGAGUUCCACAACAAGCCUGAACAGAUCUCUUUCCCGUCAUUUUUCAUGUGUCUAUUUCUUUUAUUUUUUUCUUCCUUUUUCCACCAAAAACCGUCUACACUGUUAUUGUAAAUUAGCUGUCUGUUUCGUGCCCUUCCCCAUCUCUCACCCAAGUUUUUUGUGUUUUCACGCGCCCUAUAAUUUGUCUUUGUUAUUAUAUCUCCCUAUACUUGAUGACUAUACGCUUAGUUGUUUAUAGGUGAUCAUUACUCUGAAAGUUCGAUCUUUUUUAUUUGUAAUUUUCAGCAGCAGUAGAAGCUGGGCGAGAUCGGGCGCCCCGUGUAUCUUUUUAUUUUCAUUUUCCCUCCCCUAUGCCCAAAAAAAUAAAAAUUUUCGAAAUCU